UUGCAUUCUUGGUAUAGUUUGUCGAUGGUAUACCUUAAAUGGUUCUUGUGGCGGACAAGAGAUAAAACUGUAAAGCGCUCUAAGUCUAAAUAUUUUUAUUGUUAUACAAAAUAAUUUCACAAUGAAUGAAAAUACAGUGUCGAAUCGUGUAUUUGAGGCAAUGCAAAAUCUAAACAUACAGGAACUUUCGUCCUAUACACAAAAUGAAAUUCGCCCCAUACUCCCUUCUCUUGUACGAAUGAGCCUCCUAUCACCACUGGACAAUACAAAAUCUUCAAUGGAUUCUCGUAAACAAAUACUUGCACUGCUAGUGGGCAUUGAAGUUGUAAACAAUAUAGUGGCAUUUCUUCAAGUCAACUAUCAUGAGUUAGAAACUGAUUUAAAAAAAGAACAACAAACUCGACAAAAAGGCAGUUUAUCUUCUGAGAAUUUACAUUUGUUUGGCUUGCAAAGCGGCAUCGCUCUUGGAUUUGAGCGUGCCGAUGUAACUCGGAAAGUAAGAGUAGUGCUAUCAGAAAUAUUUUAUAUCCAAACGCAAUUAUUAGAAUAUACCCUGUCCAAUAAUCGAUCAACAGGAGAAUUUCUAAUUAAACAGUCAGAACUCUUUGAAGAUGGUAUAUAUUUGGAAGAGAUCAUUGAUAUUAUAUGCAUAUCAUUAGCUGAACUUCCAUCUCUCUUAAACGUACAAGAAUUGAUAGAUGUUCUCGUAUAUGUAAACAAUGGGCCACGCAUAAUUUGCUCAAUUGUUGCUAACUUCCCAGAUUGUUACAGAGAUGUUGUUUCAAACAUGAUUACAAACUGUGAUGAGGAUUUGGCAGAUGGAAAAUUGAAGCUAGCAGUUUUGUAUGCACUUAGCGAAAUGAACCCAAAACAAGCGCUUUCGACAAGAGCUGUAUGCGUAGAUUUGAUGAAAGUACCGUCGUUUAUGCUAAGGCUCAGCUUAAAAUAUCCGCAGGAUUUGAUUGCAUUUAUAUCUGGAAUGCUAUUGGGUAAUGAUCAGGUUGUCCGCAGUUGGUUUGCGGGCUUUGUCAGAUCAAGUCAAAAGCGAAAAGGUGAUGCUCUGCAUAUAGCAAGGGAGGAGUUGUUACAACAGCUAAAGCAUCUGGUGAAUUUAUCGCAUAUGCCUAAGAGUUCUGAAGAUUAUACUGUCAAAGCAUCUGCGCUUCUACGUCUUUAUUGCGCUCUGAGAGGAAUUGCUGGGAUAAAAUUCAACGAAGAUGAAAUUUCUUUCAUUAUGCAAUUAAUCACAACACGGCCCACACCAACUCAAUCUUUAAUUCGUUUUGUUUCAUUGGGGCUAUGCAUGCUAAUUGCAAGUCCAUCUCUAAUAGCAAACCCAAAUUUGGAGGCUAAGGCCAUUGAAUGGAUGCACUGGUUAAUCAAAGAGGAGUCUUUUCUGAGUAAUAAUUCAGGCACUUCUUCAUCUUUAGGUGAGAUGCUCUUACUCAUGGCAAUUCACUUUCAUAGUAGCCAAAUAUCUGCUGUAGGAGAGCUUAUUUGCUCAACACUUCACAUGAAAAUACCUAUUCGACCAAACAGUACAAGUCGAAUGAAACAAAUAUUUACCCAAGACUUAUUUAGUGAACAAGUUGUUGCAGCCCAUGCUGUUAAAGUUCCUGUGACUCUAAACUUAAAUGCAAAUAUUCCGGGUUACCUGCCUGUGCACUGCAUUCAUCAGCUUCUCAAGUGCAAGACAUUUUUAAAGCAUAAAGUGACCAUCAAAUCCUGGAUAUACAAACAAAUUUGUAACUGCAGAAAACCUUUACACCCAGUGAUGCCGGCUCUCAUCGAAGUCUACGUAAAUUCAUUAAUAUUACCAAAUCAAGGUAGUGGAAGUGGAAAAUUCAGUAGUGAUCAUCUACAUAAACCACUUUCUGAAACGGAAAUUUUGAGAAUUUUCACAUCUUCAAAUAGUGAGGCAUUUAAAUUGAAUUUUGAUCAUGUUCCUGGACAAUACGAUUUCGGGGAAAUAAAGAAUGGCGAAACAGAUGAUGGAGAUGAUCUGAUUAAGAUAAGCUGCAGUCUUACUUCACAGUUGUUAGUUUUAUAUUAUCUUGUUUUGUAUGAAGAUACACGCUUAUGCAAUACGUCAAUGAUUGUCAUGAACGGAAGAAAAGCCAAGUCAUACUCCAAUGAAUUUCUUUCAGAGUUGCCAAUUAAAUUUCUUCUUCAAAAAGCCCAGAAAUACCAGCACGAGUACGUGGGGCUGUUUCAUCCACUUUUGCGUUUAUUGGUAUCGAAUUUCCCUCAUCUAAGCAUGGUCGACGACUGGAUUGAAAAGAGUACAAGUUUGGUUUUCUUAUCGUCUUCGACAUGGCUUAUAGGAUUCGACAUUACAGAACAACAUUUGAUAGACGCAUUCGAUGAGUUAGACGUAAAUCCGUCCAACAUCAUGAAGAUCCUUCGGGCUAUGCUUAAACGUCCUCCAACCGAUUUAUGGCGAUUUGCGACGGUGUUUGUCAAAAAUAUAAACAAAAUGUUGGAAACUAGUGUACCAAGACUUAUAAAGGAACUGUACCGAAAAGUGUGGCUGCGGUUGAAUUCCAUUUUGCCAAAGCGGUUGUGGGUAGAAACCAUCAAUGCUGUGAUGCCUCAAAUGGGAGCAUUCCACACUCAUAACUUUGUACAUGAGAACGUUUUAUUGGAUCCAUUGCAUAUACUAAGGUGUAAUGAAAAAGUUUUUCGCUGUCCAGAUGUCCUCAUAAUUGUAUUACGUAUCCUCCAAGCUAGUUUGGCAGCUUCCAAAGCUCAACUCAAUCGUCACAUUCAAGACAAACCUAUGUUUGACAAAAACGGUCAAUUGCAGAGUGAAAUGGAACGCGAGGAACUGAAAACAGCUUUGAUUGCAUCACAAGAGAGUGCUGCUGUUCAAAUACUCCUCGAAGCGAGUAUAAAAAAAAAAACUGACAUUAUAAGAUUUGGAACUUCGUGGACGUUGCGGGAGAUACACGGUAUCGUUUGUUCUUAUAUCCACCAUGCUUUUAUAUCUGAACCUUCUUUGGCAAAACUUGUUCACUUUCAAACAUACCCACGUGAAUUGCUGGGCAUUGCAGUUCGUGGAGUUCCCUCUAUGCACAUCUGCAUAGAUUUUCUCCAUGAAAUCCUUGGUAUGCCCGAAAUGGAAAGACAAAUCUUUACGAUUGACCUGACAUCUUAUCUGGUUUUGAGGUACUCAAUACCAAAAAGUUUAAGUGUAGCGAAAUUGUGUGUUAGUACUGUUCUAACUUUAUUGGGACUCUUGUCAAAUGAUGCCAAAGUAGAAAUGUUCAACAAAAUUUUACCGGCGAUUGUAAGGUUCUCAGAAGCAUUUCCCGUCCUGUUAGACGACUGUAUAAGUUUCUUAAUACAGGCUGGUCGAAGUUUGUAUUCGCGAGAUAAUCUUGGUAGAGAUGCAUCGUGUACGGCUCUGCUGCCACUUCAAACAUCCUCUAAAUCGACAUCCAAUUUGAGAAAUGCCCAAAGUACAAAGAAACUUGUACUUGCUGUUGAACAAUCUUUUUCAAAUUUAAUGGACGAUGCCGUAUCCCAAGUAGAAUUGUAUUAAAUUAGAAAUUAAUUUGAUUGGCACAUAAAAUUAAUUUAAGACAUAAGUUUGUAUUUAAUUCUAAGUCGUAUAAAUAAAAAAAAAUAAAUUUAAAAAACGAUUGAUAAAACGAUAGUUUAUUGAA